AUGGAGCGGGCGAGCAGGUGGGAGGCCAGCCCGCAGCUCCAGGAGCGUCGCUGCGACGCGGGGGCUGGGGCCUCCGGUGGCAGUGGCGCGGCUGCGGUAGCCACCCCGACCACCCCGGCAACUCCUACAGCUCCCCUCUCGCGGAGCGGCCCUCCGGCAAGGAGCAUCCUGGCGGACAGGGUGCUGAAGCUCAAGCCGGCGGGUCCGUCGAGGAAGAGGGGGCAGACCAGCGUGUCGCCGGUUGCCCCAACCAAAAAGCCCAGCCCGGCUCUGGGCGGCGGCGACCAAGACGUCGCUGAUGCAGCGGUUGUGGCGGCGGCAGCAGCUACGGGGGACCCAAGGGUCCCUGACUCGAGCUCGCAGGGUACCGACCCGGCGGCAGCUGCCGGAGGGGCUCCAGCUGCGCCCGCGCCUACUGAGGUGCGGGUUAUCGAACUUACGGGCGAGGUCGAUGACGAUGCUCCGGCGGAGACUGCCCACGCCAAAGCCCUUCAGCAACCGGCCACGGCACCCGCCGAGGCCGUGGCCGCUCCCGCAGGUGACGCCACGCAGGGGGGGCCAUCCGAGGCAGCUGGGGCAGGCAGCGAUGCUCUGGAGAAGCCCCUGAGCCCCCAGCUCGCCCCUUCGAACGAAUAG